AUGACGGGUUGGUGGGAAUGGCUUGGCUGGAAACCAUCGACAAGUCAACAGCAACAACAAAUUGUGAUUAUUGAAGAGCAGCCAAGGAUAGCAGAACCACCUCAACCAAUUUUGCCAUCCAGAACAUCUGAAGAAGUUCGAGAAGAAUUGAGUGGCUGGGAUCGAAUAAAACAGAUUUAUGAAACGAAUUCAAUGGAAAAAGAUGCUGUUGUUAGGGUAAGUUUUAAAAGGGAGAAUUGAUGGAAUCUGAAUGAGAAAAUGGAGUCAAGAUGAUUUAAAAAUGCAAAAAAAAAAAACAGUGGAAUUUUUUUCUGAAAUUAGAUUUCGAUUACAAUCAAAUCUAUAUUUUUGCAGGUAGUCCGAAUGUCAUUUUUCGGUGGUUUUCUAGUCGGCGGAGCAACUGGUUAUGCACAAGCCAGACAUGCUUAUGAAACAAAUAAUGUUGGUCGAAAAUAUUUGAGUCCAAGUGAUGCAGUUAAAAGGAAAAUCGAUUAUGCGAUUGUUCGAUUUGCGAAAGGUGGAUUUGGAAUUGGAAUCAAAUGUGCAAUUAUUUCUGGAUCUAUUGUGUGAGUUUUGCAUUUUUAUAAAUUCUGAAAAAUCCACGUGGCAAAAUUCUAAUUCUGGAAAUUUCAUUCGAAAAAAAAAGUUUCCAAUAACUUCUGGAAAUUAGACGCCGAAAGUUCACGUGGAAAUUUUAUUUUGAAAAUAAAAAAAAAAUUGAAUUUUGUACCAACAAUAAAAUCCAUGAAAAGCUCGAGAAAUAUUUGUAGAUAAAUACCAGAAGUGUCCCAAAUUGUAUUUCCAACAAACACGUUUUUUUUCCAGACUUCUAACAACUCACGCAGCUGCCUAUCGCAACAAAUUCUCAUCUUGGUAUUUUCCGGCGAUUUCAGGUGCGACCGCCUGUGUUCUACACUCAGGUAUACGGUUCUCAUAAUAGCCCGUUUUCAAUUUUUCAGCUGUAGUCGGUGGAAUCUUCACAUUCCCCUUGGGUUUGCUGGGAUCGAUGAAAGCGAUUGGAUUAGGAAUUUCGUCUGGGUAAGAAUUUCGAGCAGGACCGUCCACAUGAGUUCAGAUAUUUUCAGAUUAACACUUUCGGCUGUUGUUCAUUUAUAUGCAAUGAGUAUUGAUAAACCUGUUGAUGAAUCUUAUCGAUUGUUCAAAAGAGAUUAUGAAAAGGUAUGUUAUUCAGCUAUUUCUUCUCGAAAUUUUAGAAUUUUAUUUAGGAAUUGAAAGCUUCUUCUGAGUGGGAUUCGAGAGUUGCUGAAUUGAUGGAACGUGAAAAUAUCAGGUGGAGGCAGUCAGCGGUGAAGAAGUUGAAACAACUUGAUGCCGAAAAAUUGGCUCAUUUGGACGAUUAG